CAUUUCCAUUCCGACAUCACUCUCUCCGUGGCACACGAGCGCGGAGACGCACAGCUCGGUCGGCCGCGGGGAUGAAAUGCGGGGAGGCUGCGCGGGGAGCACAAUCAGUGAAAUAAUAGCCAGCACGGCCGUUUGAACAUGUCGAGGAAGUGCGGCUAAUGGAGCCAACUUCAUCCAUGGAUAUUUCUCCGGAGGGUUCCUGUGCGCAUCGCGGAAUUAGUGGUGAGAUUGCAAUUGCGGAGGAAAUUCGCCUUCCCAGCAGGAGAACAACCAAUCAGCCGUGGCGAACCAAAGAUAAACAAGCCUUAUGAUAAGAGAAAACUCUCAGGUUGACCCUGGCUGUGUGCAGCCCUAGUCCGCGACCAUGCUGGCCUGUAUCCAGAGACGACAGAACCUCUCGUCGCAGCGCCUGGCCUGCAAACCCAAAGGCCUGGAUGCUCCGCCUCCGCCGCCGCUGCAGGCGCGCCCCCACAAAGGAGAUCCGGCCUCCGUGAUUUCUCGGUACCCGUCUCCUGCCGAGUUGGACGCUUUUGCCCAGAAGACGGCCGGCGCCCCGCUGUCCAUCAAAAUCUUCCCGUCUGACGUCCGGGUGCCGCAACACAAGCAGCUCAACAAAACAGUCAACGGCUUCGACACCACGGGCCAGCGCUUCGGCUCCUACGCACACCCGUACUCAGGAGGAUAUCAGGGCUUGUUGGCUAUUGUCAAAGCCUCCGUGGCGACGAAAGGGGUGGUGAAAAACUCUGAGGGGAGGAGGACUAAGCAUGCAAACGCCCAGAGUUCUGCAGCGCCGUAUAAUAACGCUCUGAAUAAUGGCUACGCGGUCCGACACGGGCACAAGGCCUAUCACAUAAGCUCAUGCAAGCCCCCUCAUGUUCCCAUCGAGACGCUUUGCUCUAAUGCAGGGAUGGCCUCCGGAGAUCAAAGCCGGGCCCCCCAGUCGGAGCUGGCGGAGGUCCACAGCCUGAUCAGACAGAUGAGCAGGGUCCCCCACAGCCAGGCCCUGCAGCUGGGGGGCGAGGCCCGGGCCAGCCCCUCCCUGCAGGCCGUGGCCGCGGUGGCGCACUCGGACUCGGACUUCGUCCUGGGGGUUCCGCCCCAGAGCAGCCUGGCGGCGGCGGCGGCGGCGGCGGCUUCGCAGGGCGCCGACGCGGCGGCCGGGGGGUACGCGCUGUGGCAGCACAAGCACCACGUCCAGCAGUACCAGCAGGGGGCGGGGAGGCCGUACGGCGUCCGGGCGUCCCCGGAGACCUCGCUGCCGCCGGCGUACGGCGCCGGCGCCGCCUCGCUGGCCGUGCAGGACUUCUCCGCCGGGCACUACUUGGCGUCGCUGUGGGACAGCGUCGUGUCCACCCCCAGUAACGACUGUUAUACCUCUCAGGUGCUGGCAACGGGGACGCGUGCAGCCGGGCCGAGAGACAUGGGGCCGCCCCACCCCCACGUGCCCACGAGCCACCACCCGCUGCAGCUGCACCCCCUGCCCCCCCCCCACGCGCCGGCCUUCGGCGCGGACCUCGCCCCCUGCUGCGGGCUGCCCGGCUCCAGCCUGUGCCACGCCGCCGUGCUCAGCAGCAGCCUGCAGUCCCUGGAGUGCCUCAUCAGCGAGAUCCAGCCCCCCUGCAUCAAGGAGCGCAUGCUGGGCCGCGGGUACGAAGCCAUGGGCAUGCCCCCGCUGCUGGAGCACCACCAGCACACCCACGUCCAGCUCCCGGUCUACAGAUAAGACGCGGCGGCGAACCUUUCAUACACAGUGGAACCGUGCCAGUUUAUACAUAGUGACGAAUGAGACGUGCCCUUCUAGUUCGUGCAUGUGUUUGUAGAAGGCUUUGUGGUAUGAGCCUAAAGGUAACUGAUAAUCACAACUUAAGAUACAGGUUUAUCUUAUCACCGUCUUCAUGUUUUAUUUUUAUAUCUAAAAUGGACGCCCCACAUUUAAAGCAGACCCGGAGCACUGAUCAGAAUCAGAACAAACCGUCACAUUUGGGAGAAUCCUCCACUGAGGACACAGGUCACAGAGAGGUGAACGCAUUAAAACGUAGAUAUGCAGCAGUCCAUCCCCUGCGACGCCGAUCCUUCUCCAUCGUUGCAUCGUUAACGCCCAACUGUGAAUAUAUAUAUUUUUGUUACGCGGCCGUAGACAAAGGGGUGCGACGGAACACCUCGUUGGAUCCGACGCAGUCGCGGCGCCGCCGCCCGAAUCAACACUGUGGCAAUCAGGCCGAGCGGGAGCUCCGCCUCCCGCCGUAUCGUCCUGUCGGAUGAUGGGGACCUGCGGGCUGAAUCAUUUCCAUCAUCUCCUUCGUAGGGCUAUAUUAUCUCCGGUGGUGUGAGACGUAUGACUGGUAGUUCUUCGUGUGUCUGCACUGGUUCUGUAACACUAUUAUUUAUGUUGGCCUGUUGAGUUAUUUAGCAAACUGUCUCUAUAAUAUAAAGUGCAAUUAUAUAUGAACAUGUGAGUGCUCUCCAUGAAGUAUGUUAAAAUAACUACAUUUUGCAAUGUAUGACCCUGACCCCUCACCCUUUUCUGCCUCUUCUUAAUAAGGAUUGUCAAGUAAAUUAAAUUUUAUAAACCCAGCA